GACCCGAGAAGAAGCGACACAAACGAAACAAGCCUCAUGCGAGCCUCAGAAUGACCGUAAACACUGUUUUUUCAGUAUCGUCUCUUACUGCGUCAAGGACCCAAUUGUUAGAAUUCACGUAAUUUCACCGAUAAAAAAGCUUCACCUUGUUUGCCCUUUCCCCUCGUCCUGUGGUGUUUCAGAAACAGCCCUGCACCAGAGAAGAGCCUGUGCACCAGGACAAAUACAGAUCAAGACCACAAUAAUCUUAACAUUUGAGACUUUAAACUCUGGUCCUAAUGGCAUCCUCCCAGGUGCGCUUGAGAAUCCUCCCCGCCGUCCGUUGCCUUUUUGACAAAACGGUGCACGUCAAAGUUGAGGGCCUUUCUCCACACAAACCUCUCAUACUACGCUCCGAAGUAGUGGAUGACAGGGGCAUCAUUUUCAAAGCCACGGCGCAGUACCGAGCAGAUGAACGGGGGUGUGUGGACGUGUCCCGGGCGGCCUCUCUAGGUGGUAGUUACACCGGAGUGGAGCCUAUGGGACUGUUUUGGUCCAUGUUACCAGAGACGCCUCACCAUAAACUGCUGAAGAAGACCGUAUUGACUCCGAUGCAAGUGGAGAUUUCGGCUAUGGAUGGGGGGAAUGGUGGAGAAGUGCUGGCAUCUGAGAUCAACUACAGGGAGUUUAUGGUGGAGGGGAUGAAGAGGAUCCCACUGAAGGAGGGCAGGUUGAGAGGAGUGCUGUUUGUGCCGCCAGGACCAGGCCCAUUUCCAGCGAUAGUGGACUUGUACACACUGGGAGGACGCCUGACUGAACUCAGAGCCAGUCUUUUGGCCAGUAAAGGCUUUGUUGUAAUGGCUCUGGCCUAUCAUGGCUAUGAGGAUUUACCCAAAAAUCCUGAGUACUUUGACCUGGAGUACUACGAAGAAGCUAUCAAGUAUCUGCUCAGUCUCCCUGAGGUUAAAGGCCCAGGUGUCGGCAUCAUUUCCAUCUCUCAUAGUGGCGGUCAUGCUCUGGCCAUAUCAUCUUUCCUCGACCAUGUCUCUGCAACCGUCUGCAUCAACGCCUGCACCGCCAACACCCUCGUCCCCCUGCGUUACAAAGACAUAGUCAUUCCUGCUAUUCCCCUUAUCAAAGAAAACAUCCGAAUAUCCAAGUCCGGCCUUUUUAUUACCCACGACACCGUACCCGAUCCGGAGCAAUACAAAGCAUCCCUCAUCCCCAUCGAACGUGCAACCUGUCAAUUCCUGUUCGUUGCCUCCGAAGAAGACUACAACUGGACCAGUGUCUUCUUUGCCAAACAAGCAGUGUCCAUUUUGAAAAGACAUAACAAACAUUCAUAUUCGUUGGUGUUAUAUCCCAAAGCAGGACAUUUUAUAGAGGUACCCCACAUGCCGUUCUGCCCGUCUUCAGUGCACGCGGCUUUGGGGAAGGCAGUGGCCUUUGGAGGGGAGCCGAAAGCGAAUGCGGAGGCCCAGAUGGAUCUUUGGGAGCGGGUCCAGCGCUUCUUCAAAAGCCACUUGGGGGUUGAGAGCACUCAGAAUCAAUCAGGGAAUGAAUGAGCCUCUUUCUGGUGAGGCGUGAGGCUCCUCAGACUUGAUUGUGGGAUAUAUUUAUGUGUAAUAAAGGAUGUUGGUGAAGAGAUAAUAACAGCACUGCAGUAUACAGUGGUCCCUCACUAUAACACGGUUCACCUUUCGCGGCCUUGUUGUUUCGCUGAUUUUUUCAGUGCAAUUUUGCAUGUUUUUGGUUUUUUUUUUACAGUGUAUGAACGUACAUUGUGUUCUGUGUCCUGAUUGAGACCAUUACACUGGGUUACAAAAAAAUUUUUUUGAAAGUUGUCUGUGUUUUUUCAACUGAAUUAGGACCAUUUAGCACCGCUGAAUCCAAAAAUGAUAUCCAUUUUUCUCAGUCAGGUCAGGUUUUUAUGCUAAUUCCGUUCUUCUGUCUAAAGUGAUUACAAUUUUGUGACAUUAUCAAUUGAUUUUCUUUAAUAUUUCUCAUCCAAAAAAUGUUUUAGGAGAUAAAAAAUAGUUUUCUAACAGAAUGUAUUAAUUAAAUGUUAUGUUAUGUUAAUUGAUAAAGGUAAGUACAUGUAAAUUGGAACGUUACGUUAUCAUUGUGCAAAAUUCAGGACAUGAACUUCUGUUUCUAUGAACCCCUUGAAUGCUCAGCAGCAGGGAUGUCUCUCUUCAGAGUCCAACAGUAAUCAGCCAUCAUGACUGCAUCCCAGCGUCCCUGAUACCUGGUCUCCAUCUCUUUUAUGUCCUGAUGGAAUCUCUCCACCUGCUCAUCACUCAGUGAUCCCAGAUUCUCAGGAAACCUGAACAUUUAGCUCCUUUUGGGAAAAAGGAUGUGGAGCAUCAUCAUUAAAACCACACUGGAGGAAUCUUUGUCACUGAUGUCAGGAACUUCUACAAAGACAGGUACUGGAAUUUCAUCACAGUGAGCUACAGGACGACGUGCUGAUUCAAGAUCAGGAUACUUGAGGCUGCUACGGUUCUUUCUGUUGAUCCCAGUCACAUCAAUAGUACAGAAGUAGCAGUCAGUGACAUGGUUUGUCGGCUCUCUCCAAACCAUGGGAAUUCCAAACUUCAGACAACUCUUCUUGCCUUUAGUCCACUGAUGCAGACACUCGGUGCAUGACUUGCAUACCAUGUGUGGCGCCCAAACUUUAUCUUGGUCACCAAGUUUAAUCCCAAAAUAAGCAUGGUAAGCACGCUUUAUGAAACUUGUGACUUGAUGGCAGAUAUAGCAGAAUAUGUCAGGCUUAUUUUUGCAAGAUCUUCUAGUCGAAGCCAUUUCAUUCACUUGUAAUAUACAAAAAAACAAAACAAUUAGUCAUAAGUUGGCACAUGCAAAAUCUUCAGAAUUUGUUUAUAGCGAGAAAUCUAACAGAAUUUUGCAUCAUAUGACGUGAAAAUACUCAUACAUGUAAACAAAAUCAUCCAAAAACAAAUAUGUAGCUUAGUUCAGAACGUUGACCUGAUUGAGCAAAACCAAUGUGAUUUUUGGAUUCCACACAGCAAAAUUACCCUAAAUCAGCAAAAAAAAUCUUAUAAACACUAAAUAAAUUUAGUGUUGACCAGUGUUAUCAAUCAAUCUCCUUCGUGCUGUCUUCACAGAAUGUGUUCAGCCAAAUUUACGUAAAUGUUUGAUUCCUAUCAUUUUUAUUUAAACUAUAGGAAAACGUUUAUAUUUUUAUUUCUCAAACAAAUGUUUGGGCCUGAAAACAGGUCUUGACCUUUGGUUUCAUUCUUUAAUGCUGUACUUAUUUUUUUUUUAUCUACAAAAGUUUGAACUUUGAGAGUGUUUAAACAAGAGAGAAAUGUGACAAAAUGUUAAUGCCUUAAAACAUAUAUAAUAAUUGUAAAAAAUAAAACUGACUACUUUGCAGAUUUUACCUUUUGCAGGUUAUUUUUUAGAAGUAACCCCUGCGAUAAACGAGGGACCACUGUAGUCAGUUAUUCACACGAGGGAGGGUUUGGGGAGUGAAGUCAGUAAAGUUAAUGUGGAGAGAUAUGAUUAAAUACAGGGCUUCAUGACAUGUGACACUAAGGCUACUGUUUGUUAUUAAUGUGGUGUUUUUGUGGGAAAUAGUAUGUCAUACUUUUUUUUAAAAAGCAAAUUGAAUUAAAAUAAAAAAGAAAAGCAAAAUGAAUCUUACAGUGUGCCACUUUGCCCCUGUGUAAAUAUGGUGAGUGAGGGGAUAGUGGUGGUGGUUGGCAGCCUCACUGCCAUCAGUCUACUCAGGGCAGCUGUGGCUACAAAAAUAGCUUACCGCCUCUGAGUAAGAAGUGGGUUGUGACUGAAUUUUAAGGCUUUGAGAGGCAUUGUACCUUUUUGGAACAUUGUUACUACUGUGAAAGAACUAUUCUUUAAAAAAACAUAAAUACAUCAGUGCAAUAUUGACAUCUGGUGGCUACUGAGCUCUACUGCAUUUCAAUUCAUUAAACAUCAUGAACAUUAAAUGUUUGCAAAUGUGCCCAAAUCAUUUUGUCGAUCAUUUAUCCAAACUGCUUGAAUGUAAUCAGAGUUUAAUAUGGCAAUGUAAUGAAUAACAUGUAACGUUAGGAUGGGCUUACAUAAGCAUGUGGCUUCAGCCCAAUCCUUUUUUGGUUGUAAUUAAUGAAGGAAAUGUUUUUUGUUUUGUCUUUUUCAAAAAAAUGUAAACAACCAAAAUAAAAUGUAUUCAUUCAUUC